AUGGAUCGUAGAUUUUCGUUUGGUCCCGGCCCUAUUAAAAACAGUACAAUGUCGAAAUCGCGUCAGUCGCUCGGUGGUUCACUAUUCUCUGCCGGGGCACGGUCAACCAACUCCAGCACGUUUGCUCGUCAAGGCUCAGGCCGCUACAGCGUAUCGUCGCGUUCGAAUGUGUCCACAAUGCGCGUGGUUGCCAAAUCUGAGUACAACAUACUGGAAUCGUACGGCUUUUCGCUGCCGGUGCAGGUGACCGAGGUGCUUACGUUCAACGAGCGAAACAUCAACGUAUCGGUAAACUACAGCCAAAAUGGUUGGGCUUGGUUGGUGCAGGGGCGUCGUCUGUUCGUUUGGCAAUAUCGUGACAAUCCGAACCAUAGACCAACCGCCGGCUUUGGGAUGGAAACUUUCUCUACCCCACGGCGUCCGUACGCUGGUCAAUGCCGUCAGCUAACACUGCCACACUGCGACAUCGGUCACAAGGCAUCGUUGGUGACGGUGUUUGUGAACGAGGGCCACCAGAUGGCUUCCUGUUUGGCCGUUUCACCAGCCGGUGAUGUACGCUACUGGCAGUCGAUCGCUCACGAUGGUUCUUCGAUCGACGAGUGCAACAUACUUGAGGGACAGGAAUUUGAACAGUUGAUUGGUCUCGGUGGACAGGAAUUUGUGCUAGCCACGACCACGUGUAGCUUGAUGAGACUUUAUGUACAUCUACAGAAUGGGCGGUACAUGAUCGUUCCACGGCUUAUUAAACCUCCGUCCGGAUUUUUCGGUGGUAUUGGAAAACGAUUCGCUUCUAUCAUCAUCGGAAUGCAUAACAAUCAGGAGCGUGAGAAUAAAUUGGUUAAAAUAAGUUGCGAAAAAAUCUCCCAAAACCCCACCGAAUGGCACAUCACAGUGUUAGCCGAUCGGUGGAUUCAACGUUGGGCCGUUCAGCCACACAGUGGAAACGAACGAUUCCUUAGCGAGGAUGCUGACAUUAUGAAGAAGAUGCGUGACUUUUUCUACCAAAAGUUAUGGAACACCCGUGACGUGUCGGAAAUUGAGCUGUGGGCAUUGGACAUGCAGGCAACCGAUCGGGGUGUGAUCAUACUGGCGGCCGCCGUUAAUGAGCAACGUUCUCCGCAAGUCUAUUACGCACUAAUGACGGUAAUAUUCGAAUCGGACAGCACGUUCACGCUCAAAGAAAGCACCAUCAUGCGCUACAAGGGUUUCUACAGUGCGGAACGGUUGGCGGAGCUGAUCGAUUUCCGGUUCAUUGCUAAUCGCAGCUUUGCCUACGUGUACAACGAUCGUUACAUUUUCCCUGUGGCACUAACGGAAACCGAUGCGAUCAGUAGUCAGGGAAGCAGUCCCACUACAACCGGUGGCGAAGAGGUGGAAAAGCUUGAAUUUCACGCACGUGAAGACAUGAUCCUGAUGGGGAACUGUUUCCAGAAUACGCCACUCUUUUUCUCGCGUCUCAACGGGAUGGUUAUCGUAACGCCAUCCGAUUUCGAUCCGAGCGAUAUGUUCAAUUCGUCCGUUUCGUCGGAUAUGUUCAACCCGAACUGUUCCGUAGCAGAUGCGACCGUUCUGAUGCAGCAGUCGAUCUUUGCACCGGCAACUACCAAUGCGGGAAAUUUGAUCUUGUACGAGCUGGAUCCGGAAGAAAUUGCUACCGAGAACGACAUGCACCAGCAAGAUCCGGUACAGCAGCUGAAGGCAGCCUUUAUAUACCACAUAAAGCGUAACACGGUGGCAGCGGAUGAAAUAAUCUUCUCAUUGCUAGAAUCCGUUAGCCAGCGUGAUCAGGUGGAUGGUGAGCUUGAUCGUACGGUGCUUAAAAUUGCCAUUGAUCUUGCCCAAGAUACACCGGCUGCUGAUCCACGUUGGGAGGUCACAAACAAGCAUGCGCUCGGUUCUUCCACAUCGAUGCAAAUUAUUCAACAGCUACGAGAGAAGAAUAUUGCGUAUUCGCAGUUUAUUGAAUUUUUGCGCAGUAGGAAUCUUUGGGAUCGUUUGAAUGGGGUCAGAAAUCCGUUGACGAUGGAUUCGCGAGAUGCCCGUCCAACAUCACUGUGCCUGUCGGACAUAGGGGAAAAGAUAGUCGCUGCGAUUGGUAUCAAAUGUCUACACAACAGUCAUUCACGAAUCAUCGAUGAGGCAAUCAACUUGGUACUGCGACAAUCGAACCGUACGGUUCCGUUCCCCAAUCUAACGCCACAAGAUCUGUUCUACGCACAGACGCAUCGAGUAGAGGAAUUGUUCAAGGUGCUCAGCGAGCUGGUAGAUUCAUACGUUCAGCAGGAGCUUACAUCGAUUCAAAUUCAGACAGCACUGGUCGAGGUCAACACGAUCGUCCUAACCGUCCUGCAGGAAGUGUUAAAGUACCGAGAAUCGAAAGCCAGUACAUACACGAUCCGCGAGGAGCUACGCAACCGUUACGAGCAGAUACCGUGGACAGCGAUGUCCGGAAAGGGAGGAUUGCGAGAUGUUUUGCUGCAGUUAAUCAGUAGCACACUGCGCCACGGUGUGAAGGGCACGGCGGAACCGGAGUUCCGUAUGAAACAUUUCAAGCACAUGACCGAGCUGAUCGAUUAUGUGCUGGACGGGCGAAAGAAUUAUCUGGAAAGUGUUUAUGACGAGGAAAAGUAUGCCGUCCUGUUACAACAGUACGAAUCACAGCGGAUCGAUCUUAUUUAUCCCUUAGUGGAAGCGGAACAGUACGAGAUGGCGGCGAAGCUGGCGGAAAAGUAUUUGGACUUUCAAACGUUGGUGGAAAUAUGCGACAAAACCAACAACCAGGAACGGUUGGAUGAGUACAUCGAGCGGUACAAAGAGCACGACUUCUCGCAGUUCGCCAUCAGCUGGCACAUGAACCAGAACAAGCAGGGAGAUAUACUGCAUCGCUUCAAGAACAAUCAGUCAGCGUUAGCCCGUUUUUUGGUCGAUCAUCCAUCGAUGGCCUGGAUACAGCUGCUGUUUAACGGUGAGCUGGCUCAAGCAGCCGACGUACUCCUGUCAUUGGCCCAGCGGGAAAAAGAGUUACUGGCAAGAAAGAGAGCUAUACUUUGUCUAGCCAAGUUGUGCCUGUUGGCGGCGGAAGGUGACACCUAUCAGGCGCAGAUCGAUGCAAUCAACGCUGAAUUAGAUUUGAUUGAGAUACAGGAAAACAUUCCGACAGAAAUACUGGAUAUAUUUGGAUACGACACGAAACAUGUGAAGGUUCUCACACCCGAAGAGAUAGUUGACCUCUAUAUUGCCGAUGAGUAUAGCCAGUCGAGUGAAAAGGAAUUCCAUUAUGCGCUCUCGUUGCUACCGUUUGUUGAAGAUCCGAUCGAGAUUCGCCAUCGCAUCUGGUGCGCAGCGAUCCAGCGUGAUUCGUGGGAAGAGUACAACAAAAAUGCUCCACUGGACAGUAUGCAAAACAUACUGUUCUUUAGGCUGAUCGAUCUUUGCUACAUCUCGGAUGCGGGUGACCUGGAAAACUUCUUGCCACCAUUGGAAAGCUUUCUGAAUGCGCCAGAGUUGGGCGAUCUGACGCAAAGCAAAUCGUUCCAGUAUCUUAUGAAGCUUGGAUAUGAACACAUCAAUGAAUCGUACAGACAAAAAUAGGUA